GUGUUCCGGCCUCGCCCCCUGGCUACUGCAUGGCAGCGCCUCCCGAGUGGUGUCCGAUCCCCGGAGACUUGUUUCUGCGGCUCUCUGGUCUGAGGAGGCAGCAACGAUCAUGGAGACCAGGGCCUCCCGCGAGCCCGACACGGUCGAAGUGCUGCCCCAGCACAAGUUCGACUGCAGGUCCCUGGAGGCCUACCUAAAACAGCAUUUGCCCGGCUUUGGGGCUGAGCCCGAGGCCAACCUGACCGUUGCCCAGUACAGAUCAGGACAGUCCAAUCCAACCUUUUAUCUCCAAAAAGGCUCUGAAGCAUAUGUACUCAGAAAAAAACCACCUGGUUCACUACUUCCUAAAGCACACCAGAUUGAUAGAGAAUUUAAAGUCCAGAAAGCUUUGUUUUCAACUGGAUUUCCUGUUCCCAAACCUUUAUUGUACUGCAGUGAUGCUUCUAUCAUUGGAACAGAAUUUUAUGUGAUGGAACAUGUGCAGGGCCGAAUUUUUCGUGAUUUCACAGUUCCUGGAGUUAGCCCAGCAGAACGCUCAGCCAUAUAUGUGGCCAUGAUGGAAACCUUGGCUCAGUUACAUUCCCUGAAUAUACAGUCACUGCAGUUGGAAGGAUAUGGUAGAGGUGCUGGGUACUGCAAAAGACAGGUAUCAACCUGGACAAAGCAAUAUCAAGCUGCAGCUCAUCAGGACAUCCCUGCCAUGAGCCAGCUAUCUGACUGGCUAAUGAAAAACUUGCCAGAUAAUGACAAUGAAGAAAAUCUGAUUCAUGGAGAUUUCAAGCUAGAUAACAUUGUUUUCCAUCCUAAAGAGUCUCGAGUUAUAGCUGUACUGGAUUGGGAGCUUUCGACCAUUGGUCAUCCUUUGUCAGACUUGGCUCAUUUUUCCCUGUUCUACUUCUGGCCAAGGACAAUUCCAAUGCUAAAUCAAAGUUCUUAUUGGAAAGAAAACAUAGGGGUACCAUCAAUGGAAGAACUGAUUUCAAUAUAUUGCCGCUGCAGGGGAAUUAAUUCUAAUCUUCCUAACUGGAAUUUCUUUCUUGCCCUUUCAUAUUUUAAAAUGGCUGGAAUAGCACAGGGAGUGUAUAGUAGAUAUCUUCUGGGAAAUAAUGCAUCUGAAAGUAGCUCUCGGUUUGCCAAUAUUGUGCAACCUCUGGCAGAAACUGGAUUACAACUCUCAAAAAGAACUUUCGGUCCUGUACUGCCACAGACUGAUACUACUGGACAAUUGUUUGCCCAGACUAGGACAGGCCAGGAACUUCUUACUAGGGUGAAGUGGUUCAUGAAACAGCACAUCUUUCCAGCUGAAAAGGAGGUAAUUGAGUUCUAUGUUCAAAAUGGAAAUUCAGUGGAUAAGUGGAAAAAACCAUUAGUGAUUGAUAAACUCAAGGAAAUGGCCAAAGCAGAAGGCCUCUGGAACUUGUUUUUGCCAGCUGUAAGCGGUCUCAGCCAGGUGGACUAUGCCUUGAUUGCUGAAGAAACAGGAAAAUGCUUUCUUGCUCCAGAUGUCUUUAACUGCCAAGCACCAGACACCGGGAACAUGGAGGUGCUCCACCUGUAUGGAAGUGAGAUGCAGAAGCAGCAGUGGCUUGAGCCUCUUCUUCAAGGGACCAUUGCCUCCUGCUUCUGUAUGACAGAGCCUGAUGUAGCUUCAAGUGAUGCCACAAAUAUUGAAUGUAGCAUCCAGCGAGAUGGGGACAGCUAUGUAAUUAAUGGCAAGAAAUGGUGGAGCAGUGGAGCUGGGAAUCCAAAGUGCAAAAUUGCAAUUGUUAUGGGAAGAACUAACAAUGUCUUGGCAGCCAGACACAGACAACACAGCAUGAUUCUUGUUCCUAUCAACACACCUGGAGUAGAAGUCAUAAGGCCUUUGUCAGUUUUUGGCUACCUGGAUAAUUUCCACGGAGGACAUUUUGAGAUCCAUUUUAACCAAGUGCGAGUUCCGGCCACCAAUUUAAUAUUAGGUGAAGGUCGGGGAUUUGAAAUUGCCCAAGGCCGUCUUGGGCCUGGCAGGAUCCACCACUGCAUGAGAACAGUGGGUUUGGCUGAACGUGCUUUGCAGAUCAUGUGUGAACGGGCAAAGCAAAGGGUGGCCUUUAAGAAGCAGCUGUAUUCACAUGAGGUGGUGGCUCACUGGAUUGCUGAGAGCCGCAUUUCCAUUGAGGAGAUCCGCUUAUUGACCCUGAAAGCCGCCCACAGCAUCGAUACUCUGGGCAGCGCUGGUGCUAAGAAAGAGAUUGCAAUGAUUAAAGUGGCUGCCCCUCGGGCCGUCUGCAAAAUUAUUGACCGGGCCAUCCAAGUGUGUGGCGGUGCGGGUGUUUCCCAGGAUUACCCGCUGGCCAGCAUGUAUGCCCUAACACGCACCUUGCGCAUAGCAGAUGGGCCCGACGAAGUCCACCUCUCGGCAGUGGCAAAGAUGGAGCUGUGGGACCAAAGCAAAAGCCUGAGGGCCAAGGUGUAGGGAGGGACACAGCCUCCCUUCACACACGCUUCAUCGGAGCCAGUGUUUGAUUCUCACUCUGCUUUUGCAGCAGAUUGACCACAGGAUUAAUGACUCACUUUGGUAAAGAUAUGAUCAUCUCUUUUAAUCAGUGGGCUUUAUCAUUUCAAGGGUCACGCAGGUUUAAGUGAAACAAGAAAUUCUGUAGCUGUUGUCAUGCGGUCAGUACCUAAGUGUGCAGCAUUUAUUGCUUAAACGUUCUGCUGGUAAAGAGAUCAUGAAGUUAAUUGGGGCAUUCAGGCAUUAAAAAUUUUUUUUUAACUUUGACUUUCAGGAACUGUUUCAUUUAAAUAAAUAUUCAAGGAAUAAUGAAUCACUAUUUUGUAAAGAAUAUAGUGGGAUCUCCUUUUUAACACUGUUUUCAGGAGAUGGUUUAACACUUUGUGGUAAUGUUUGCCCUGCGGAAGAAUGCACAACCAACUGGGUCAUUUUAGAAUUCGCAUCAUUUUAAACCACUUCAUAAUCCACCAAGCAGCAUUUAUACAUACAUAAAAUCUGAAUGCAGUUUAAAGUUUACUGGAAGACAUGGCAUCUUGUGAGAAAAUAUAAUUAAGAAAAAAUGUAACUGUGUAUAAAAUGAUGAGAACAGUGAAAAGUUUAACCUACAAAAAAGUUAUGUACUUUUAAGAAGAGAUUCAAGCCAGUCUGCUCUGAACACCAUUCUGCUCACAGCCACCCUAAGCCAACAGGCUUGUGGUGCUCUGAGUUACCACUGCUGCGCCAUGUGUGAGUCCUGAGGACCUGAAUCGUGGCCAGCACAACCAGGAACUGAAUUUUUAAUUUUCUUAAAUUGUACUUAAUUUAAGCACAGAUUCUCAACUCAGUUACUGGAAAACUUUUAAGUAUGUUUGGAAUAACUUGGGUAUGUGAAUCAUCUUUUGCAAACAUAAAUUUUAUGAAAUCUAAAUGCAGAGCAAGUUUUUUGAAUGAAAACCUAGCAUCCAAAUUAAGAAAGUGUAAAAUGCACACCAGAUUUUGAAGACUUAGUAUGAAAAAAAGGUUAAAUGUCUCAUUAAUACUUAAUAUUGAUUACAUGUUGAAAUGGUAAUAUUUUGGAUAUAUUGAAUUAAAUAAAUUAUCAUUUAACUUAA